UAACAACUCCUUUCCCUAUUGCAUAUAUAAGCAAACAAACCCCCUUUCACUCUCAAAUCACAAGGAAUCUAUUCAUCAUCACAUUCAAAAUGCAUACAAGCUUGCUCAUGAAGAGCACUCUGUUCAUCAUAUUAUUAGCAGUUGCUUUCAAUGUUGAGGCACUUGACCCUCACUACUAUGACCACACAUGCCCCCAUGCAGAACUCAUUGUCACCAAUGCAGUCAAGAAGGCCAUGUCAAAUGACAAAACUGUCCCCGCUGCUCUUCUUAGGAUGCAUUUCCAUGACUGCUUUGUCAGGGGGUGUGAUGGGUCUGUGCUGCUGGACUCCAAGGGAAAGAACAAAGCCGAGAAAGACGGGCCUCCGAACAUCUCGUUGCACGCAUUUUACGUGAUCGACAAUGCCAAGAAGGCACUGGAAGAGCAAUGCCCGGGCGUCGUGUCUUGCGCUGAUAUUCUCGCACUUGCUGCGAGAGAUGCCGUCGUUCUCGUCAUCAGGGGGCCAACAUGGGAGGUGCCCAAAGGAAGAAAAGAUGGAAGAGUAUCGAAAGCAAUAGAGACGAGACAGUUACCAGCUCCCACUUUCAACAUUUCUCAAUUACAACAAAGUUUUGGCCAGAGAGGACUCUCCGUGCAGGAUCUUGUUGCUCUCUCCGGAGGGCAUACACUGGGAUUCGCCCACUGCUCAUCCUUCCAGAACAGGAUCCACAAUUUCAACACCAAAAAGGACAUCGACCCGACACUGAGCCCUUCGUUCGCUGCGAGCCUGAGGAACGUUUGUCCGGCGCGCAACACGGCCAAGAACGCGGGUUCUACCAUGGACUCCACGACCACGUCGUUCGAUAACGUGUAUUUCAAGAUGCUCCUUCAAGGGAAGUCCCUGUUCUCUUCGGACCAAGCGCUUCUCACUGCUUCCUACACCAAGAAAGUUGUCUCAAAAUACGCCACGUCCAAGGAAGAGUUCGACAAGGCCUUUGUGAAGUCGAUGAUCAAGAUGGGUAGUAUCAGUGGUAACGACAAUGAGGUGAGACUGCAUUGCAGCAGGGUUCGGUAGAUAUAUAUAUGCUUGGUCUUUGAAGAAAUGGCGUUGUUUGGCGUUGUGAAGCUAAUUAUUUUGUGAUUUUGUGAGUGAUGUCCCUCCAAAAGAAGAA